AUGGCACAUGCCUUCUACGUCUACUCUGCCGAGCGUCUGUCUGAACACGCCUUCGUUCGUAUCCUUCCAUCGCUGAAAUAUGCUCCAGCAGGAAAAUUCGGGGUCUUCGCAGCAUUCGACAAAUCGGCUGUAGGCGUAGCCGGGCGACCAAGAACCAUAGCAGUUGCCAUUGUCAUUAUAUAUGUCUGCACGGAGAGCCUGCCGGUCUGCGACGAUGACGAGAUCCAUGGUUUCUCCGUCUGCCACUCCUGUGAGGGUCUUGUCAUCGAUCGCAAGGAAGAACUGGGGCAGUUCAUCCUGGCCCGAUUUCACAUACUGGUCGGAUUCGAAGUACGCCAUCAGGCCCGGAAUAUCGGGCGUCCGGACGAGUUUGGCGGCGUCGAUAAACUGCAUUGUAUCCUCGACCUCGCUGAAAAGCUUCUGGCGGACGUGCCGGAAUUGCGUUUCCGUCAUCUGGGAGAGGACGAAGCAGCAGUAGUCGGUCUGGGCGGUGAAGAAAUUGAAAUGGUCUGGGCAGGGCACAACUUCGAAUGGACAUUUCCUCGCCCGCAGAGGGCCGUCGAAGAGCGUCGUGUUAACCCUGGCAUUGUUGAGCCGAGUGCCGCGCCUACCGUGCUCGAAAGGGUUCCAGAUAGCAUGCCAGAAACCCAGAGCAUCUCCUAUGUCGCGCAGAGUGUGUAG